AUGACGCGCAACGCCCUGUGCGGCGAGCUGAUCCCGAACCCCGCCAUCGCGAACAGCACGCUCGAUCCGCUUCGAUUCGAUGCGCCCGCAGUUCACGUCCAACUGGGCUGUCUUUUCCUCGCCCCACCCUCGCCGAUCUGCGCCGCUCGAUCCUCAUCUCGGCCGGGUGCAUCGAAUGGACAGAGCUGCAAUGCACGGUCGCGUCAGCCUACUUGUCUGGCACGCUCGCCGUUGCACAUGGUCGAGUCUCACGCUGCCGUCGACGACUCGCUGGGACGCGCCCUUGGCGGCCGUCCGAUCCGCCAACGGACGGACAGCGCGCAUGGUGACAUGCGGGCCGCUUUCGAUCCUGCUCGAAUGCGCUCGACUACCCGCUGGAACAAACCGACCGCCCGAGCGACUCGAGAUGGUGCGAGUGGUGCGAGCGAUCACCACAGGCCAGGCCUGGCCUGGGACUGGGACUGGGGAAGGCCGAGGGCGUCGCUGCCGCAAUCUCCGCAUGCAUCGUUCGGUUGCGCAUCGGAGCCCAGGCGCGCUGAUGAUCUAGAGCUUCGCCAUCGCGACACGCACGCACGCACGCACACACGCACGCACGUUUCGUUUCGUUUCGCCUUGAUUUGGCUCGGAUCAGCGACAGCGACGGGCUCGACGUGGCUGAGGCUCCCUUUCCCUCCCGGAUGCGAAGCCUCGCCUCGCCAUCGCGACACGCUCGAUUCGAUUCGCUUCGAUUCGAUUCGCUUCGAUCCAAUUUCGAUCCGCGACGCGCUCGACGCGCCCGACGCUCUCUCCAGGCGCGCGCGAGCGAUCACGUCGGCCCACCCACCCACCUAUCUAUAUAUCUAUCUAGCGCGCACGCGCGCCGGCGGCGAAUGGACGCGCCCAACCCUGCCCAGAUGCGCUCAACUGCCGGCUAGGACCGACCGACCGACCGCCCGACCGACCCGAGAUAGAGCGAGCGGUUCGAGAGACUACCGCAAGCCCGGCCAAGCCGCCCCGCCGCGCCCCGCGACGCUCCGACCCGUGCUGUGCUCUGGGAGCCCCGCGCGUCGUGGCUUACCUACUACCCCACCGUACGGCAGAUCUGCGCGCCCCGUUGCGCCCUGUCGAGAGGGGAGGAAUAGAAGAACGGUGUCGUGCGGUGUCCCCCGCGCGCGCGCGCGCGCGAUCGCGUCGGCCUGGGGGGACCACGUCAUGCGCGGGCGCCGCUGCGUGGAACGUGGCAGUACAGAUACAGCACCAGCACGGGCGCAGGCGCAGGCGCGCUGGGCAAGGGAAGUACAAGGGAGCACAACAACGGGGUAUACCAUCGCCGUCGCCAUCGCCGUCGCCGUCACCACCGCCAUCCUGGCCCGGCGAUCCUAG